AUGGCCUGCAACACCAAGCACUUCCACCCCGUCCCUAGCGUCGCGCCCUCGAUGCACCAAAACCACCUCGACACGGACACCCAGUCUCUGCUCAUCGUCGUCGACUCCGUCCUCGCCGACGCGCAGGCCACGGAGUGGGCGGAUGCCCGUCCCGCUCUGGUCGUGCCGCCCCAAGCGGCCGCGGCCUCGUCGCCCCCCACGCUCGUUGCGGCACCGGAUCUCGCAGAGGCGACGCCGCAGCCGCAAGAGGAGGGGUCCACGUCGACGAUGCUUCUUCCGCUCCCUGCCUCGGUGGCGGCAGCGAGCCCGCCUCCGCCUCUCGCCGGGUCCGACGCCGAGCAGGGGCUGGAGCAGCUCUCCAGGGUUCUCGCCUCCCUGGGGUACAACGAGUUGGCGUCGGAGGCGCCGCUCCUCGCCCUCUCGCUGCCGCUCGCGAGGUGGCCAGGGGCGAUCACCGUCUUCGCGGCCCCCAACUCCUUCCUCCAGGCCUCCUGCCCCAUGUGCUCGCGCCGAGACCUCCUCGAGCAGCACAUCGCCAUGGGCUACUACCCCUACUCCGAGCUCACCGCCGCCGCCACCAUGAAGAUCCCGUCCGCCUCCGUCGGCUUCUGCAUCCAGGUCCUCACCGAGCGGGGCCCCUUCGGCAUCCACUACGCCAAGAUCUACGCCGAUGGCAUCGAGGUGUCCCACCCCGAGCUCUACAACGACGGCCGCUACGUUGUCCACGGCAUCCACGGCUUCCUGCGCCCGCUCACCCACUCCUGCUUCGGCGGCCCGCACCACCACCUCCUCACCGGCACCGCCCGCUCCGCCGCUGCCUCCGCGGCGACCGCCUGUCCUGUCACCGCCGCCUCCGUGGUGCGCAUCAUGAUCCGCGACGCCAUCGCGCGUCUCCGCGACCGGGGCUACGGCUUCAUGGCGCUGGCCAUGCGCGUCAAGCUCGCCGAGCUCGAGAGGUUCGCCAACCUGACGCUCUUCGCGCUCGACGACCAGGCCAUCUUCGUCGGCGGAGGCCACCACUACGUCUCAGCGUUGCGCUUCCACAUCGUCCCCGACCACCGCCUCACCCACGCCGACCUCCUUCGCCUCCGCCCUGGCAUGAUCCUCCCCACGCUGGCCGGCGAGGGCCAGAGCCUUGUCGUCACCAACGGCGCCGGCUCCGCGUCGGCCUACAACAUCGACGUCAGCAUCAACUACAUACCCAUCAAGGAGCUCGACGUGGUGGUCAACUCCCGCAUCGCCGUCCACGACGUCUACAUGCCGUUCCCCCGACCCCGCCUCAACCUCGCCAACCUCGCCGCCUCGGUGGCCGCUGCGUCCGCCGUCCAGACCAGCACCUGCAGCGUCGGGGGACCCUUCGGCGACUGCCCCUCCUCAGCGAUGACUUCUCCCAAGAGGCAAGUAGCUCCUGGUGAGUGAUGCGUGAGUCUUCUCGAUCAUUUUGUUCUUCUGUGUUUCUAGCCAUGAAGGAUUUGCUACUAGUAGUUCGAACGAGAGACUAGACAGUCGUAUCGUGCCGUGAUGAGUAUGUAAUGUGUUCUACUCCUGGUCACGUAUGCAAUGUGUUCUACUUCUGGUCACAUUUUUGUCCAGUAUUGCUUGAAUGGAUUUUGGUAUGAAUUUGAUUGA